GGUCGUCCCGUCUGUGGGAGCAGCGAGGGGCCGAUCGCGGGCGGCGGGCCAGGGAGCAGUGGUGCCGUGUUGCAUGUGGUCGUGGAGUAAGCGCCAGGUUCGGCCCCGCGCUCCGGUUCCAUUCGUUAACCCGGGUCUUUCUUCCUUCAGGUUCUUGCCUUCAUCACCGUCAUCUGUUUUGCUGCCUCCAAAUCCCAUGAAGCCUUUAUAGCCCUUGCGGCCAUGGAAGUUGUUAUUACCCUGUUGUUCUUCCUGCUGUACUUGCUAAAGCUCGAUAAAAAGAUGAAAUUCUUUUUUUGGCCUUUAGCUGAUAUUUUCAACUCACUGAUUGCAGUUGUGUUCUUUAUCAUUGUGUGCCUGUGUGCAAUAAUAAUCAAGACCACGACCGGGACUCUUGUUGGAGGAGUCUUUGGUCUUCUAUUAGUUGGUCUCUGUAUUGCAGAUUCUGUUCUUCUUUUCAAGAAGAUUACAUUUAAUAAGCCAAGAGGAAGAAAUGUUAUUGCCAGAUAAGAAUGAUCAACUUACUAAAAGACUGACUUAUUCUCUACUUUAAAUGCCUAUUGAUUGACAGGAUACUUGUUUCACUAGCGUAUUUAUUUCUCCUAAAGGUUUUAAAAUUUUUACCAUGUUCUUCUUAGAAUUACAACAUUUUACUGUAAAAAAAACUUAAACAAUGAAUGGUCCUGCAGCACCUUAGACACUAACAAAAAAAAAUGUAGAUCGUGUCAUGAGCUUUUGUGGGCACAACCCACUUUUUCUAAUGAAAGCUCAUGACACAAUUAACAUUUUUUGUUAUUCUCCUCGAUGCUGCAGGACCAUUCGUUGUUUUUUAAUUUUUUUCAUUUACAGAUUAACAUGGCUACUCCUCUGAGACUUUUAAACAUUUCCCUGUGUAUUUCUCUAACUUUGCUUGCUUUUUCACAUGUAUUAACGUUCUUUAAAUUCCCAUUUUUUUUCUAGACUAUAUGUUUUUACCCGUGUUAACUUUAAAUUAUUGUCUUGUGUGGUUUGCUAAACUUGAUGCAUUUUUGCUUGUUUAAAAAUCAAAUUUUCUACUGAAAUGUUUAUAUAAUAAAACUGAAAAUGCAAAUGGAUUUUAAUGUAUUCUUUCAGUGGGUAAAUGAUAAGUGUACUUCAAGUGAUAAUUAUUUGAAUUAAUACAUGAGUUUUCUCUUCCUGCCAAAUAUAUUUUGGGACAGAUUUUGACGCCCAUAUCAUGCUGAAUAGUAUGUUACUCUAUAGGUGGGCCUGUUAAUGGGAUCGCUGUGAAGUAAAGCAUUUGUUAGGUUGCUAGAAUGUGACCCUUUGAUUUAGUCAUAUUUCUUUAUUGCUAUGCAACACAAAAAAGACUCUGAAAUACCAUUCCUUUUCUUAACUAAUUUUUUUUUAGCUAUUGUGUUCUCUACAUAGCUCUAAACUCAUGAGUUUUGUUCACUGAGACGAUGUUUUCCAUCUAGAAAAAUACAGCCUCAAAAUUCUAGAACAAGAAAAGCGGUGCUAAAAUGCAACUAAGUGCAAAAAGUAUGUCAAUUUCUUGUGGAAAAAUAACUCCAACUGGCUGACAGUAUUCAUAGAAAGUGGAUACUCUGCAGAAAUAAUUUUACUAAAACCUGUUUUCAUCUUCAUAUUUUGAAAAGCGCAAACAAAAAUUGUAGUAUUGUAGUCUUACUUAGACAUAUGAACUUUAGCAUAAACAACAAUAAUGCCAUGUGAAUAAGUGCAAAUGUAUAAUGAAAAUAUAGGCCAUUUGGGCUAAGAUGUUUUUGUGGAAAAUGAAAUACAGCAGUGCAAUUUCAGUAAAUUGCUGCUGAAGAACCUUUUGUGCUUUAUUCAGAAUCAACAUUACAGAUCAAGCACAGUUCAAACUAGGGAUGUAAUAGUAUAGUCAA